AUGGCAAGCAAUAGUCUUGCACCUCCUUCGUUGGCGGUCGACACUCGAACGCGUCCGAGGAGCGACACAAAUGAAACUAGAGUGAUGACCCCGGGGUCUUUCGUCUCGAACAUAUCGAAUAUAUCGAACCCUUUUCUAACACCAGCUAACUCAAACCCCUUCCUCACGCCAGCCCAAUCCGACUGCGGGUCGAGCGUGAGAUCGGUGGACCCCGAUGCGGCUCUCCAUCCAGAUCCCGGGACGGAAGCUGAUUUUGAGGUGGAAAAUAACCCGUUCGCUUUCAGUCCCGGCCAACUGGGCAAACUCCAGAAUCCAAAAUCCCUGCCUGCAUUUUGGGCUUUAGGGGGGCUUGCCGGGAUCACAAGGGGGUUGCAAUCUGAUAUAAAUGCCGGCUUGAGUGUGGACGAGACUUCCGUACGAAGUUCUAUCACAUUCGAGCAAGCAGUAAGAAGGACUUCAGAUAAGUUCCUAGACUUACCAGAGCGGACGUCAAAACCUGGGUCUGACUCUUUUUUGGACCGUAUCAGAGUCUUUGGGAGGAACGUUUUACCGGCGAAGAAGGCGACGCCAAUAUGGAAGCUAAUGUGGAACGCUUACAAUGACAAGGUCAUUAUCUUAUUAACGGUAGCUGCUGUCGUCUCUCUCGCGUUGGGUCUCUAUGAAACUUUCGGGACGGUGACCGAACCAGGAGACCCACCCUCGGUCGAUUGGGUCGAGGGUGUUGCAAUCAUAAUCGCCAUUCUCAUCGUCACACUCGUGGGAUCACUCAACGACUGGCAGAAAGAACGAGCUUUCGUUAGGCUCAACGCGAAGAAAGAAGACCGAGAGAUCAAGGUAGUUCGGUCCGGAAAAUCGUUCAUGAUUAAUGUUCACGAUAUCCUCGUUGGAGAUGUCCUACACCUCGAACCCGGCGAUUUAGUUCCUGUCGACGGAAUUUUCAUUAGUGGUCAUGAUAUGAAAUGCGAUGAGUCCUCGGCAACUGGAGAAUCCGACGCCAUCAAGAAGACCCCGGGCGACCAAGUUAUGGCAACGCUUGAAUCAGGAGCAAACCAGAAAGGUCUGGAUCCCUUUAUCAUCUCAGGCUCGAAAGUGCUCGAAGGAGUUGGUACAUUCCUCUGCACUUCGGUCGGCGUGCACUCCAGCUUUGGGAAAAUCAUGAUGUCCGUCCGAACUGAUAUCGAAGCAACUCCAUUACAGAAGAAACUCGAAAGGCUCGCUGUUGCCAUCGCCAAAUUAGGAGGUGCUGCGGCGGGCCUUCUCUUUUUCGUCCUAUUGUUCCGCUUCCUCGCCGGCCUAUCAACAGACACCCGGACGAGCUCGGAGAAGGCCUCCGCCUUCUUAGACAUCCUGAUCGUUGCCGUAACCAUCAUCGUUGUGGCUGUGCCAGAGGGUUUGCCCCUGGCGGUUACCUUAGCGCUGGCCUUCGCCACUACCCGCCUGCUGAAGGAAAACAACCUCGUACGUGUGCUUCGCGCCUGUGAGACCAUGGGCAACGCCACCGCGAUUUGCUCCGACAAGACUGGCACCUUGACUACCAACAAAAUGACGGUCGUGGCUGGGACGUUUGGCCAGUCGAGUUUCGCUAAAUCCGAAAGCGAGAAACCUGGCUGUCAAACCAUCUCCCAAUGGGCAGCCAACCUCCCGCAGAAGACGAAAGAUGCUAUCGUGCAGUCGGUAGCUAUCAACUCUACCGCAUUCGAAGGUGAAGAUGCUGGUCAGUUCACCUUUAUCGGUUCUAAGACCGAGACGGCACUUCUCCAGUUAGCCAGGGAUCAUCUGGGCAUGCAAUCGUUAGCUGAAGCCAGAGCAAACGAGGAGGUCAUACAGAUGAUGCCCUUCGACUCGGCUAAGAAAUGCAUGGGAGCGGUAAUCAGACUAAGAGACGGGUCCGGAUAUAGACUUUUGGUAAAGGGAGCAUCUGAAAUUCUCCUUAACUACUGUACCCUGAAGGCAGAUGCCGAUUCUCUUGCCACAGACGCCCUCACUGUCGAUGAUCGUAUUCGGUUGAGUUCUUCUAUUGAUUCCUACGCGAAAGGUUCGCUUAGGACUAUCGGAAUUACCUUCAAGGAUUUUGCCCAAUGGCCCCCUGCUAAUGCGGAGGUGGAAGAUGGGCACGUCAAAUUCGAAUCGGUGCUCGAAGAUCUUGUUUGGCUUGGUCUGGUCGGUAUUCAAGACCCCGUUCGACCCGGUGUCCCCGAAGCUGUCCGUAAAGCACAAAAGGCUGGUGUUGUCGUCCGCAUGGUGACUGGCGAUAAUGCCGUUACUGCCCAGGCGAUUGCGACCGAAUGUGGUAUCUAUACAGACGGCCUUAUUAUGGAGGGCCCCGACUUCAGGAGGCUCAGCGAGGAGGAAAUGAAUGUUAAGAUACCUAAGUUGCAGGUGCUCGCACGAUCGUCGCCCGAGGAUAAGAGGAUCUUGGUUGCAAGACUUAAGGCUCUCGGAGAAACAGUAGCUGUUACUGGAGACGGCACCAACGAUGCGCCAGCUCUUAAGACUGCCGAUGUCGGGUUCUCGAUGGGCAUCUGCGGAACUGAAGUAGCUAAGGAGGCUUCGGAAAUUGUACUGAUGGACGACAACUUCACUUCUAUUCUGACCGCUCUCAAAUGGGGACGUGCAGUUAACGAUUCUGUCCAAAAGUUCCUUCAGUUUCAAAUCACCGUCAAUAUUACCGCCGUUCUUCUUGCCUUCAUUUCCGCUGUGGCUGAUCCUGAUUCGCACUCGGUACUCACCGCGGUGCAACUCCUUUGGGUUAACCUCAUCAUGGAUACCUUCGCGGCCCUAGCGCUCGCAACUGACCCUCCUACCGAGCGAAUUUUAGACCGUCUCCCUCAGCCGAAAAGCGCGCCUAUCAUUACCACAAACAUGUGGAAGAUGAUCACCGGACAGGCCAUAUUCCAACUCGCCGUCACGCUCGUCCUGUACUUUGCCGGCUCCUCGAUCCUAGGCUACGAUCCUAACAACGAAACGCAACAGACGGAACUCAAUACCAUGGUCUUCAACACGUUCGUAUGGAUGCAGAUCUUUAACGAGUUCAACAACCGUCGCCUGGAUAACAAAUUCAAUAUCUUCGAGGGCGUACACCGCAACAAGUUUUUUAUCUUGAUUAAUUGUAUCAUGAUCGGUGCGCAAAUCGCUAUCAUCUUCGUCGGCGGAACCGCGUUCGAGAUCACGGCCAUCGACGGCACGCAAUGGGCUAUCUGUGUCAUUGCGGCUGCUGUUUCGCUCCCGUGGGCCGUUGUCGUUCGUCUGUUCCCUGACGCGUGGUUUGCUGCGAUCGCUAAGACGGUUGGCGCCCCUGUCAUCAUAGUGUACAAGUAUCUGGCCAACCUGUGCAGCAAGGUUGGUGCUGUCUUUAGUCGGAUAUGGAAGAGGACCAAGAAGUCGUCCUCGGAAGAAAAUUCAGAAGAAAAGCCGGAAGAAUAUAACGACCCUCAAAGGGGAGAAACGGCUCCUGAGAUCGUCGUUUCCGGGGGUGAUGAUUAUUUCUACCCUAAUAACGCACCGGAAAUACAAAUAAUAGAGGACUUGGAACAGGGGCGUAGAUAG